CCAGGAUACAACACCCACUCCCCUCCUGUCUCCCCAUGGGUGCUGGGGGCGGACAGGACCCACAAGAACAGGCUCACAAACUGGAGCAUGAAACAAUUGUUCUCCUUCUACUAGCAUCCCCAUCAACAGAUAAUGAACAUUCCAUACAACUCCAUACUUUUUACCUAAUGGCCUAGAUUUAAAAAAAUGAAAGUCCACAAAGCAAAAUUCAAAAAAGGGCACAUCACCCUUUGGGGCCAUUCCAUUGAGGCUGGUGGUACUUAUGUGCAGAAAUUGUAUGAGACCAAAGCUGUGCUACUACAGGGGUUCCCCGAGGAAGGCCAAGGGUGAAACAGAUACCCGCGAUUCCAAACACAGACAGCGGCACCUCAAUUUUUUAAGCUACUGUUGACUUUAAUCAUUUGUUUUUAAAUACCUGUUUCUGGCUUUUUUUUUUUUUACUGAGAAUUCUAAUGUUUUAUAUCUUUGUAAGACAACCACUGCACAGUUCACAAUUAAGCAAUAUAAACUGUGUAUAUAAGCAAAAUAUAUGUCUUGUUGAGUUUAAAAAAUUCCUUAUUACUGUACUUGGUUACUUAGGAGUAAGCACAGUUUAGUUCAAUGGGGUUACUCUUAAGUAAGUAGGAGCAAGCGCGCAGCCCUAAAAGGAAGAACAAAUCAUGCAGAAAUUCUUCCAUCUGUCUCUCGCUUGUUUCAGAACGAUUUAAAAUAGGCAUCUGCGAGAGGCCACCCUGUGCGCAAGCUCAGCUUUCAAACAGGCCCUUUUGAAGAGGGCAACAAGCCACUGUUCGGACGCACGUACAGUUACGAGCGCGGGAGCCAAGGUAGGCACGUCAAAAUCUGAACGGCCGCUCCUAUUGGACGCGCCGAGCAGAGACGUGCCGCACCCAAACCACCGCGGGGCGUGACCAAUAGCAAAGCACGGUGGCGGCGCUCUCGCGAGAGUUGCUCUGAAGCUGGCAGCGCCAUGUUGAAGUAGGGAGAGGCCACAUCCAGCUUAUGUCGUUCUUCGGGUUUUUUAAAUUUUAAAAAAGGGACGCGGAGGCCUCGGGGAGGUAUUUGGAUCUUCGCGGCCUUUUAAGUGUGCUUUCGAGCUCCCGAAAUUUUUUUUUACGGCGGUCGAAGGAGGGCGGCAGCGAGAGGAUGGUGCAGUCUUGCUCUGCCUACCGUUGCCGGAAUCGAUACGACAAAGAGAAGCCCAUCUCCUUCCACAAGUGAGUAGGGGCGGUGGCACGAAAGCUUGAAAGGAGGGCGCGAGGAGACAGAGGGAGAAAGAGAGCGGGAGCGCGCGCGCGCGCGCCCACCCGGCCGCCUGAGCGGGCGGGAAAGGGAGAUGCCGUUUGCUUCACGAGGCGGAGCCACAGCGCGUGCGCGCUGCGAAGGGGGGGGAGGGGAGAACUGUUAAAAUGUACGCUGCUUCGGCCUUUACUGAAGAGACGCGGAGACAAAGAAGGCGGGGCUAAUCGCGCUCCGGUUGUUAAUUAAAAACAAAACAAAAAAAAUAAUAACCCGUGAUGGGGGGCGGGGCCGGGAUUCGAAGAUGUGCCUUGUGGGCUGCGCGGUGGGGAUGCGCGUGAGGCAGAUUAACCGUCACUGACAGGCUACCUCAAGUGCCAUCUCCCUCGAGGCUAAUUUCUGGUGUUUUCCCUCCCUUUUCUUUUGGUAAAAGCACAGAAAAAGCGCCGUUUUUACCCGUUUGCAGCAGCAUUAGAAAGAGUUUUCGUGGCUUCACAGGUGUAUUUGUUGCUGGAACUGUUGUGACCCCCUCACGAGUUAUAAUCUUCUGACGUUUACAACAAUAAACACUGUCUUUAAAGAGUCUCAAUGUUUUGUUUUUUUAGUCCAGGGGACGUGCUCUCUUCUUUCCGUUCUGCACCACCCUAUCUAUCUCGUAACUACUUGCUGUACUAUCACCCUCUGCUUCUUCCAUAAAUGUCUUUGUAUUCCUGCAGGUCACCUCUAUCUCUUACCCUCCUACUUUUCUGUUUUUCUCCUCCCCCUUCCCCCAAAUCUAUGUAUCUCCAUCUGUCAACUGACCUCUUUUUUUUCUUGCCCAACAAGAGGUUUGCUUGUUUUUUAAUGCAGUACACUGAGUUUCGCAGUAAUAAAUAACACCAUUUCAAUGAGUUUGGGUAGACCGCUGUUUCCCAAACAUGGGUCUCCAGCUGUUUAUGGAACUACAACUUCCAUCAUCCCUGACCGCUGGUUCUGCUAGCUAGGGAUGUUGGGAGUUGUAGUCCAAAAACAGCUGGGGACCCAAGUUUGGGAAAUGCUGGGGUAGACCCAAGAUCAGGGAUGGGGAAUUGGUGGUCUUCCAGAUGCUGUGGAACUUGUGUUGGCCCCAGGCAAUGUGGUCAAUGGUUAGUGUUUAUAGCGGUUGUUGUCCUGCAACAUCUGGAAGGACAGAGGUUCCCCACGCCUAGAUCUUUCCAAAAGAGGUAGGAAAGAAGCACAAAACAGUCAUUUGGCAUUUCACAUCCGAAGACCAAAAUCAGAAAAAGGUCCACAGCUGUUUUACAGUUGUUCACAUCUGCUGACUAGCAAAUCAUUGCAGGCAUUAUUUGCUGCAGGGUGGUCCUUGAGGAAAUCCAGAAGUCCUAUUCCUAACUCCCCUAGUUUUAGCCAAAUCAUCAUUGCCUUGUAGCAGCGGCCUGAAAACUGCUAAGGGGGCUCUUGCUAUAGGCUCUUGGCACGAUCAAGAAGUUGCACUCUUAACAGGAUUUCCAGUUGAAAUCCAGUUUGUAGAACCAAAAAUGAAUUUCCCCCCGUUUUUGCAGUGCUUUGAUAGAACUCUGCCUCAUUAAGCAAACGAGCAAACAUUUAAAGCUAAGCGAGGAUGUUUUUGUUUUGCCUGGCAGGCUUUCUGAGCUCUGAAAUUCCUUGAGACAAGCAGAAAUUCAGGGAUGAGAAAGUUUUUGGCUGUUGAAACUACACGUGUUGCUUUGCUUUUUUAAAAGGUGCACAAAUUCAUUUACAGGCUCCUUUUUGCUGCACUGCUUUGAAAGUUAUCACAACUUAAGCUGCAUUUGAUUUAAUGGGGACUUAUUAAGCAACUAACUCACUCUGGAUCCAAUCCCAUGUUUUCUAAAAAAUUAGAAAGUGAAUUGAAUAUGGCUAAAGGGACAAGGGCAGUCUUUAAAGACUGUAUGCCUGGUAGAAAUUCAGCUGUUAUAAUGUUCCCAACAUAGAUAUAUAUGAGGUGCAACAUAUGGAAUAUCUGUCUAUUAUGUAGCCUUUAAAGGCACAGAAGGUUUUUUCUAACUCAUGUCCACCACCACUAUUGAAGCAUAAUCUGUAGUAAUUCCUCUUGUAUCAAGUGAACAACUCAUGCUUUGAUUUACGAGUAUUUUAUCUGUAGAGGCGUUAGCUGUAUUUCUCAUUCUAAACAUCUGUUAUAACCAUCUUCCUUCAAACCAUUUACUAAAACUAGUAUUAAGCAUAUCCAGGCUAUCUUAUGAUUGCAGAACCAGGGAAAUCUUCACAGCAUUCCAUGGCUUUGUAGAUCUCAGCGCCCAACGUUCAAGAUCUGAGUUUGACAACAUUUACUGUUAGGAUAUGGACAGCCCACAGCCUGUUCUCUGGCAAAUUUUACAGGCUUGAAGAAACAGCACCAGUUUCCCUCACACUGGUCAUAUUGCCCUGCCCCUGAGCCAAGUUGAAACAUAAUCCUGUAAACUUUCAAUGGUACUCUGUGUUCCCAAUAAAGCACAUUUGCUUUAGUUUUAACAGGUCAAACAUGCACUUUAGUUUGACAGUCCUCGUCUCAUUUUUUGGCCAAAAACACAGUUCUGUUUCAGCUGUUCCUUCUUACUGUCCAGUGAAAACCUAUAUUUUCAAAGGAGAAGUAAAAAAGAAAGUAAAAUCUUUCAAGUCUGUCAGGUGGUUAGAAUUACAUGGACUGAAAAGAGGUAGAUCUCCUGAGUUUUGUUUUAAUUCUUUGUACUCCUUAUUUAUAAUCCAAAUAAGUAAAACACAUAUGCUGAAUAUGUUCUCUUAUUGUCAUCUUUUCUGCACUCACUGAUAACCCAUCUACCUUUUUCUUUUUAAAAACGCCAGAGUUUUAUUCUGUGAGAAUAUUUAAUUUUGUGAAAAGUCUGUUAAUGUUUUGUUUGCCACCUUAGGCUCCUUUGGGAGGAAGAGUGGAAUAAUAAUACAGCAAUCAGAGAGCAACAUUCAAGGGCACUACUAUAAAAUGAAAUCUCCAGCCCUGCCUACUUUAUUUGAAUUUUACAUUCAUUCCUAUGUACUGCCACCAUUUUUCUACAAUUCUGAUUGGAACCAGAAGCAAGUCCUGUGUGGAACUCCUGUUAUUUAUAUAUUUUAAUAUCACUUUGAAAACAGCUUCUGGGACAGUUUAUUACUGUUGCCUGGUAGACAAAGUGGGGAAAUAUCCUUGCUAGUUUAUAUAGGAUGGACCGACGGAAUGUGUGCAAAUAAUAACCUAUUAAUUGCCUAGUCUUGUUUCAAUGUUGCUCUAAGAUUGCAGCCCUAAAUGCCUUACUUUAUGGAAGUCCCAUUGCUUUAUCAGUUUAUUUUAGUUGAAUUGCAGUCCCACCAUGGUCAAAGACCAGCUUAGGAGCCUUAGGAAGUGGUCGGGAUGAAUCCUGCGCUGCUAGAGUCUCCAGUUACAUCUGUGGAGAGCUCAUCCUUUGGUAGUGGGGAAUGGGAUGUGUUGAGGGUUGCUGUGGAUCUACAGGAGUCAAAAACUUCUUUGGACUCCUGACACAGUAUUAGAGUUGGAGAACAAAAAGCAUUUAAUUUAAAUUGAAAAGCCAGAAGGAGAACAAAAUUGGGAGAAAAAUCAGAUUUGAAAUAAUGAGCUUUUAAAAUAAGUACUUCUGACUUUUGAAUAUUAGGUACUAGUUGGUGAGUUCCCCAAUAUUUCUCUACACACAGGACUGCAGUUCCCCAGCAUUCUUUGAAUAAUCUCUCUGCUCCAUCCACCAAAUUCUGCUCAAAUUAUGCUUUGUUUCUAGGUUUCCCCUCACAAGGCCUGAUCUCUGUAAGAAAUGGGAAGCUGCGGUUAGAAGGAAAAAUUUCAAACCAACAAAGUAUAGCAGCAUUUGUUCUGAACAUUUUACUCCAGAUUGCUUCAAAAGAGAAUGCAACAACAAACUACUAAAAGACAACGCUGUGCCAACAAUAUUUUGCCAUACAGAACCAAAUGUGAAGGUAAGUGAGGUUUGUGGAUCUUUUAUAAAACGUCUAUUAUUCACAGAUACAUUUGUUUAUACAUAAGCAGUGGUUCUUUUUCUAAGCAACAGAUAUUGUGUGAAGAGGAGAGCAGUUAUUAGCAUUGGCACCAAAUAGGAGAAGGCUGGAUUGCUCAGUUCCUGCUUCUUGAUGUAGUAACUGGAAUUGGCUCUCAGCUCCUCUACUACUCGCUCCCAUUAAUUGAACACUUUUUUUUUUAGUUGUUGGGGGGGCCUUCAGUGUAAAAAUGUGAAAGUGGCUUUUUCAUUAGGCUGCAACUUUUAAAGUGUUGUUAGCACUUUUAAACACAUGGUCCUACAAAGGUCCUACACCCAAUAAACUUGAUGGCUUCCAUAAGAGCUCGGAGAGAGUGAAUAAGCUGUGAGCAGUGCUUCUCCUUUAAGGUGGUAUACUAUUAGCUUUCCUCACCAUUGCAAGGGCACUAAACAUUUGACAGUAUGUGUGGCUACAAAGCACCCCGUUUUGCCUUAUGAUUCCUGGAGAGGAUCGCUGCUCCAAACUACUCACUGUAAGGCCUGUAGCCUUGCCUGCCAAAGGUUCCAGGUUCAGCCAGGAAAUGUCCCUGGUCUGAAACGUUGGAGACCUGCAGCCAGACAAUGUAGACAGUACAUAGACCAAUGGCCUAAAGCAGUUUUUGUAUUGCAUUUGUAAGCCUCAAACCUUCUUCCCACCUUCUCAGUAGCGGGAGUGGGGAGAUGAACUGCUGGGGGUGGGAGGGGCAAGAUGGUUUUCCGACUUCAAACUCAAUUCCUAGUUGUAGGGCAGGGCGAUGUAUCGAUACAGCGUCUGAAAUCAGUUUGAAGUCCACAUUGCGGUAACAGCUUAAUAGUAUUCAGCAUGGCGAUAUACUGCAAAUCAUGAUGUGUGCAUGUGUGUUAUGUGAAAAAUAAUGAUAACUUCUCUCAUGAUUCCUGCUGCCCCUGUUGCUCUGUACCAGGGGUCAGCAAACUUUUUCAGCAGGGGGCCAGUCCACUGUCCCUCAGAUCUUGUGGGGGGCCGGACUAUAUUUUGAAAAAAGAACGAACGAAUUCCUAUGCCCCACAAAUAACCCAGAGAUGCAUUUUAAAUACUCAUGUAAAAACACACUGAUUCCCGGACCGUCUGUGUGCUGGAUUUAGAAGGUGAUUGGGCCAGAUCCGGCCCCCGGGCCUUAGUUUGCCUACCCAUGCUCUGUACUAUAAAAUAACAGUUGUAACAAUAUGCUAAAGGCAAGUAAAAUUUUAUCAGUUUUAGACUCCUAAGUAGUGGCAGAUGCCAGGAUAUUACCACAUUCGCCUCUACAUACUUCCAUCCUUAUUUCAGACAUCAUAUGUCAGUAUAUUGCUAUGUUUAGCUGGUGAAAUAUCACGAUGUUGAAAAUCAGAUGUCGCUCAGCCCUCCUUAGAAAUUUAAAAGGAGGCAUUCCUACGCCCACAAGAAUAUCCUCUAUUCAUGGAUAGAUUAUUGCUUUUACACUGGAAAGCUGCUGCAUAGCAGCAUUCUCAUCAUCAGCACCAUUUUUUGGUGCCCCUGGGAAUCUUCUAAUGGGGUUUAUCACUCUUUCCCAUACACCCUGAGAAGUGCCUCGGUUUCUACAUGGUGCAGUAGGACAGGGGAGCUGGAGUGUAAGUGUUCAAGUCAUUGUGGUGUGGAUUAAUCUAUCCUCAGUGGUUACAUUUCAGAUGUGGCUUGGUAGUGAGAAGAGAAUGGUAUCUUAUGGAAGUAUAAGGCUUUUGUAUCACUACAAAGAGGGAAAAUGGAUGACUGAGAUGCUCAGAGAUAUACCCAACUGUCUUUAAAUAGUGUAAAAAUGUAUAAUACCAAAACACGAAUGGAUAAAGUUAUCAAUCUACUGUUAAAACUGGCUAUUUAAAUAGAUACUUAACACUGUAAAUUGUGAGAUUACAGUUUUCGUCAAACAAGCUCUAUUGAUUAGCAAAUUGUAGUUGCUGCCUAAAAAAAAAUUACAGGUGCCUGUAACAAAACAAACUUAAAUGGUGUGUUCUUGUCUUGUUGUUUUUAGUCUGAAGGCACUCAAGAACCACUUGAAGUACCAUCUCCCCCUUCUCCUUCACCUCCUCCUCCACCACCACCUCAAACUGAUCCAAGACUAGUAGACCCCAGCAUUGGAUUAUUAAUGCCCCCGCUUCACACUCCCAAUAAUAUUGCUGUUUUUUGUGAUCACAACUAUACUGUAGAGGAUACAGUACACCAGAGAAAAAGAAUUCAGCAGCUGGAAGAGCAGGUGGAUAAGCUGAGGAAGAAGCUUAAGACUGCACAGCAGCGAUGUAGACGUCAGGAGAAACAGAUUGAAAAACUGAGAGAGCUUGUUCAGUUUCAGAAGGAAAAAGACGUCAUCCCUGGCAAAGGUGGCUAUGUGAUUCUGCCUAAUGACUAUUUUGAAAUUGUGGAAGUACCUGCCUAGAAGGUUUAUGUCUAUAUUUAUGGGGCACUGCCAAAUUGAGCCUCAUCAGACUAACUCAGAAGUUCAUUUUAAAAUGCAAUGCUUUCUAGUUCUGUGUAGAAGAUACUUCAGCCCUUGAGCAUAUUAAAAAAUUGCUAUAUAAGAAUUCUUCGUCA